AUGCUGGCCCCAAGCCUCCCAAGCCUUCCAAGCCUCCCAAGCCCGGGCCCAACCCAAAGGUUGAAACACGUGGCAAAGCUUGGGCAGCAAGCCGACCACACCGCCACCAAAGCCUUGCCGAACACUCCCGAGUUGGAAAGGCAGCACGUGAGGCAGUUUCUGACGAUUGGGCUGGGCAGUGCCUUCCUUGCCCGGAGUGAUGCCAGAGCCCCACGGCUCUCAAGAGCGUCUCGAGCCCAAAGAAGAGGCAAAGCAAAGAGGGUGAGGGUAGCACUGCAGGCGGAAGGCUCGGAAGGCGACCCCUUGCUGGCGGAGGCCAAGGCUGCGGCCGAGGCUGCGAAGCUCCAGCUCGAGGCCGCCAAACUGCGCCAGGAGGCCGAAGAGAUGCGCCAGCAAACGGCCCUGGCACAGCGAAGGGCGCGAGCAGUGCGGCUCCUGGGCAGCGAAGACGUGCCGGGCAUUGGGUUGCCUGAGCUGAUGGCCCGGCUUCAAGAGGAGCAGGUGAGCUUGACGGGUGAGCAGGCAUUGGAGGUGGCCGCAGCUUUGGGAAAAACCGAGGAGCCGUAUUUCUUCCGCUUCGAGGACCUGAACUCCGAAGCCUUCGACAAGAAGCUGACGGACAUCGAGGCGCAGAACGCCCUGAAAGCCAAGGCCGAGGCCGAAGCCAGGCGCAGGGCGGAGGCGGCGGCGGAGGCGGCGCAGAGGGCUCAGAGGACUCAGGGCGCCGCGGGGAGCCCGCAAGCGCAGACCACGGGUCAGGAAGCGAUCGACGACGAUCUCAGCCUGGGCCCGAGACUGCUGGGGUCCCUGGCAUACGUGUUGCCAGUGACGGAGGCCUUCAAGCUGAUGUUCCCUCUGAUCCAGAUCUUCCCUCCUUUGGGGAUCAUUUUUGCGCCAAUCGCGCUGCUGACAGUUUUGCUGAACUAUCUUCCUUUCGUGCCAUUGCUUGUGUUCGUUCUCUUCAUCGUGCUGGCGCAAUCGAAAGACAAUGUGCCAAGGUUGCUACGCUUCAAUCUCGAACAGGCUGUGCUUCUGGACAUGGCGCUAACGAUCCCGAGCUUCAUCCUUUCAACUAUGCAGUUCUCUGGUGCUGGCGAGGCAGUUCUCGUGGGUGGAGCCUUCGUUUUUGCGUUGGUCUUUGGCGUUUCAGUGUACGCUGUGUUUUGCAACCUCGAUGGGAAAUAUCCGGAUGAAGUUCCGCUUAUCUCCAACAUCACAAAAAACGUUGUGGACAGGCAGACUUUUUUUGAUGAGUCCCCGAAUGAGGAUCAAAGGUAA